GGGACCCACCCCUCUUGGAGAGCAGGAAGGAGACUAGGACUGAGGUCUGGGCCCCCUAAGAGGAAGACUGGAUGGCCUUGUAGAAAAUGACAAGCCCUGGGGGGCCCUGGAUCGAGCCUGGGAAGAAAAGAAGAAGGCUGAAGGCUUGGGGGUGGGAGUGAUCCCAGGAGGAUCAUAAUGGGCCACCUCCUUGCAUUUCUCUUGGGGCUGGUAUUUGAAGCCACUUCUGUGUAUGGAAUUCCUUCUUGCUCAGCUGAUGGACAGCUCGCAUUCUAUCUUUUCUGCAACCUCACCCAAGUCCCCCAAGUGCCAAAUACAACAACAAAGCUGCUGUUAAGCUUCAACUACAUCAGGGUAGUUAAUGCCACUUCAUUCCCUCUAUUGGAUCAGCUGCAGCUUCUAGAGCUGGGAUCUCAGUACACUCCUCUGACCAUAGAGAAAGAAGCUUUCAGAAACCUGCCCAACCUUUUAGUCUUGGAUAUUGGCCACAAUAAAAUUCAGUUUUUGCAUACUGAUGCUUUUCAAGGCUUGUUCAAUUUGGUUCAACUACGGCUAUUUUACUGUGACCUCUCAGAUUCCAUUCUAAAAGAUGGUUAUUUUAGAAAUUUAAGUUCUCUAGCUCUAUUGGACCUAUCUAAAAAUAAAAUAGAAAAUCUCCAGAUCCACCCUUCUUUUAGAAAUCUGAAAUCUUUGAAAUCCAUAGAUUUGUCUCUGAACUACAUAUCCCUCGUAUGUAAGAGAGAUCUUGAGUUCCUCCAAGGGAAAAGAUUCUCUUUGUUUAACCUUGCUUCCAAUAAUCUCUAUAGUAGGGUCUCAGUUAACUGGAAAGAAUGCAUGAAUCCUUUCAAAAAUAUGUCCUUUGAGAUCUUAGAUGUCUCAAAAAAUGGUUGGACAGUAGACACUGUACAAGGCUUUUGUCGUGCUAUCCAGGGAACCAAGAUUUCUUCUUUGCUCCUCAAUUACCAUAACAUGGGUGGAGGGUUUGGUUUUCAUAACCUAAAAGAACCUGACCAAGACACAUUUGCUGCUCUGGGCAUGAGUUCAGUGAUAAAAAUGGACAUUUCCCAUGGCUUUAUCUUUUCCUUGAAUUUUCAUCUGUUUGAGACUCUCAAAGAGUUGAAAGUUAUGAACCUUUCACAUAAUAAGAUAAACAAGAUUGCUGUAGGAGCAUUUUAUGGUCUUGAUAAUCUUCAGAUUCUCAACCUAUCUUACAACCUUCUGGGAGAACUCUACCGAUCUGAUUUUGAUGGACUGUCUAAAGUUGCUUAUAUUGAUCUACAAAGAAAUCAUAUUGGGAUAAUUGAAGAUCAGACAUUCAAAAGCUUGAGAAAUUUACAAACUUUAGAUCUUCGUGACAAUGCUAUUAAAACAGUUUAUUUUCUUCCAAGCAUACCUACUGCCUUUCUAAGUGGCAAUAAAUUGGUGUAUAUAGAAGAAAACUUCAAAAUAACUUCUGAAUUCCUUGAUUUAGCAGAAAACAGAUUGGAAAAUCUAAAUGAUCUCUAUAUUCUCCUCCAGAUUCCAGAUCUGAAGUUCCUUAUUUUAAAUAAAAAUCGAUUUUCCUUUUGCUACCAACAAUAUGGUCCUUCAAAGAAUCAUACUAUAGAGCAGCUUUAUCUUUCAGAAAAUAUGUUGCAACUUAUCUGGGCAGCAGACUCAUGUUGGGAUGUGUUUAAGAGACUUUUCCAUCUUAAAGUCCUCUUCCUCAAUAAUAAUUACCUUAAUUUCCUUCCACCUGGUGUUUUCAGUGAUUUGACUGCAUUGCAAAUCCUUAGCCUGGAUGGCAACAAGCUGAUAUCUCUUUCUCCUGGUGUUCUACCUGAAAAUUUAAGAGUCUUGUCUUUAUCCCAGAACCAUCUACUAUCUCCUGACCCUACUGUAUUUGCAUCACUGAGCUACCUAGAUAUAACCCAUAACAAAUAUAUCUGUGAAUGUGAAGCCAGAAAUUUUAUACUUUGGUUGAACCAAACCAAUGUCACCAUGCUUGGGUCUCCUGAGGAUGUCUACUGCACAUACCCUGACUCACUUUUUGGGGUCUCACUCUAUUCAAUUUCCACAGAGGUCUGUGAUGAAGAGGAAACCUUACAAUUUAUCUAUUUCUCACUUUUCAUCUUCUUCACCACCACCUUGACUGUGUUCCUCACAGCAGUUGUGAUAUUCACAAAAUUCCGUGGAUUCUGUUUUCUCCUCUGGCGUAAGAUGUUCCUGAUACUAGCACUUGAAUACCGUCCCCAGGGAGUAAAAGAGGAUCAACACAAAUAUGAUGCAUAUUUGUGCUUCAGUAACAAAGACUUUGAAUGGGUCCAGAAUACAUUCCUCAGUCACUUGGACUCCCAGUACAGCUCUGAAAAUAGAUUUAAUCUGUGUUUUGAGGAAAGAGACUUCCUUCCAGGAGAAGACCACAUCAACAACAUCCGGGAUGCCAUUUGUAACAGCAAGAAAACCAUUUGCAUUGUGACGAGGCAUUUCCUUAAAGAUGGCUGGUGCAUUGAAGCCUUCAAUUUUGCUCAGAGCAGAUAUUUUUCUGAUCUCAAAGAUGUCCUCAUAAUGGUGGUAGCUGGAUCCCUCUCCCAGUAUCAGCUAAUGAAAUACCCACCUAUCCGAGUCUUUGUGCAGAGGCAACCAUACCUGAAGUGGCCUGAGGACCUUCAGGAUGUUGGCUGGUUCUUAAAUAAACUCUCCCAAAGCAUACUCACCAAAAAAGAACAAAAGAAGAAAUCCAGUAACAUCCCCUUGCAAACUGUAGCAACCAUAUCCUAGCCAAAGAAGGCAUUCUCAACCUUAGCUCGGACUGGAAGUUAUUCUUCCCAUUAUAUUUGCAUUACAUGUUUGGCUCUUUCUUUGGAAGCAGCAAAGUGAUGGGGUAGAUAGAGUG